AUGCAAAAUAAUAGCAUCAUUUCUACAGUGCCUAAGCAAAGAGGUGUUUACUCAGAGGUCAUUAAUCCAGAUAACUCUAUAUUUUUUGGGCCCAAUUCUCAAAAUGGACCUGAUUAGAGUAUGUCAAUUAUGCUAACUUAAAAGUAAAGGCUCCCUAAAGCCUUUACACUCUCAAGAAAAAAUAAUUUAUCUGAAAAGGGUUUUAAAUUAAUGCCUCAUACCACUAAAAGCCAAACUUAAUUUAGUUUAAAUGCCCAGUUACAAUAACAGUAAUAAAGUAUUUUGCAGGGAGCUGAUUUUACUGCAGGAAAUCUCUCUACAACCAACAUACUUAGAAGAUAACGCUUGAACUAAAGUAUUGUGACAAAGAGUAUGUAAGCUAUGAAUAUAUUUGAUAAGAAAAAAAUUGAAGAUGAUAAGACAAUUGACCCAAAGGUUAUGGAGCCUUUUGAUCCUAUUCCAGGAAGAGUACCCAGAAAAGUAGCGAUAGACAGAAAGAAAAAGGAAUAUGCUUCCUUUGACAUAGAAUAGCUUCUUUAAAUUGAAGGUAUAGAUUUCAACAAGCAAGGAGAUUAAGCAGAAUGGCUUCCAUUAGAUUUAUUUGAUGAUAAUACUUUUGACGAUUACCAAGGAAAAGAAUGGGUUGAAAGGUUGCAAGAUGAAGAUGGAAAUAAUAGAAUCAUGAUUGGUAAAGGUCUUAAAUAUGACUCAGAAUAACAAAAGUUUUUAUGGCUUCCUAUACAAAUAGAGUCGUAUGACCAAGCAAGUUAAAAAUUUUAAGGAUUUUGGAGAGAAAACAAUGAAUAAGUAUCUCUUCAUAGAAUUUACUUUUGCUUAGAUGCAGAAGAUCCUCGUAAAUACGCAAAAAGAGUAGCUCAUGCAUUUAAGCAAAGGAUUUAUGCAGAUUCAAUUAUAAGAUACAAUUUUAUUAUUGAUAAUAUGCCACUACAAGAUUUGAGUGAGUUAGACACUGAAUAAAAAAAGAGAUUGGAAGCUUUAGCUAAAACAAAAUAAUUAGAAAACCUUGAAACUACAGCGUUAAUAAUAGAAGUCAAUAACGACUAUGCGAGAACUAUGAAUAAGAUUAUUUUUGAUAAAUUUAUGGAUGAAAAUAAAGAUUAAUAGUAAGAGGUUCCUCUUUUUCCUAAUAAUUUACAAUUACCUCCUGAAGUUGAGGAAAAGGAGGUUUCAUAUUAUGGUAUGGUUCCUUUAGAGAGACAUUUUGGUGCCAAAACUAUGUAUAUUAAUAACUUUGGUGAAAUAAACUAUGAAGAUCCUAAAGAUUUUACAGAGAUUUUCAAAGAUUUCUGCUUUGCUUCAUUAUUUAUAAAAGAAGAAGUUAUCUAAGCCUUAUAGGAAAUCAGAGUAGAAUGCAAUAAAGUUUUAGAAAUGGAAAUAUUUAAUACUGAUUUAAACUCUUGUAUGGUUUUAGAAGAGUUCAAGCAUAUCUAAGAAUCUGCAACAAGCUAAAUUCUCUAUCACUUAAAAGGAUCUUGGAUUUCUGAACUCACUAAGAUCAUUAAAAAUAACUUCUAAGGUGUAGGAAAAGGAUGGUUUAACAUGAAAGAAACAAACAAGAUCACUUAUGAUUUUGGUAAGCUUAAAAGAUUCUUAACUGUAGUUCGUUUGCAAAUGUAAGACACAAUUCUAACAUUAGUUAAGAGAUGUUAUAUUGGCUUAUAUGAUUAUUUGCUCGCCUUUGUCCCUCUUGAAGUUUAAAUAGAAAAUCCAAAUAAAGUAAAAAAUGUUUACAGAGAAUCUGAUGAGCUGAAAAAUCAGACAUAGUAAAAUGGGGGAAGAGAAGAUCCUAUGAAUGCACUCUUUUUAAUCGAUUUAGUUAAAACUCAGAAUGAUUAAGAAUUUGUAUACUCUACUAAUCCAAUGAACUUCAUCAACAUGAUCAUCCAAACUUUUGAGAAAGGGUUGGAAGAAAUAUCUAAAAUUCCUGAUUUAGAACCAAAAAUUGUAUAAGAGUUACACAAAUCUAUGAAAGCAGAGACUUACAUAAGAACCCCUAUGAAGCCUAGAGAAAGACCUAUUACUCCGGAUAUGUCAGCUAGACCACGUAAGUUCCCAGAUGAAAACAAAUGGAUUUGGGAUUUACUUGAAAAUCUCAAAUUAUAGCUAAUUGAAGGUAUUAAGCCAUUAGAUGAAUAUCUUGAAUCUUUUAACUAAUUUAAGGAUGUUCUAAGAAUGGAUCCUGAUGAAGUAAUUAGAGCGAUUGAAGCUGAUGAAAAUAACGCUUAUGAUGUUGAUAAGAUAGUUGAAGAAAUUUCAAAUAUCAAGAAAAAAGAAGAGGAUUUAAGAAGCAAAAUUCCUUUAGAAAUGCAUGUUUCUUUCUUUUAAAUAUAAACUAAUGAAAUUUUAGGUUAUUUGUGUGAGAAAUAUUAUUAAUUGUAAAAGAAUUUUAUUGAAAUGAUUGCAAAGAAAGCUAGAAUGUAAACUCAAGCAAUCACUAAUACUUUUAUACAAAUUUAAAAACGUAUCAAAGAAAUCCCAUAGAAUAUAGAAGAGUUGACUGAGCUGAAAGAAUAUAUGUUAAAUGUACCUAUGGAGUUAGAAAAGGUAAAAGUUGAAAUGAACAAGUGUUUUGAAAUUUACAGCACCUUAGAUGGCUUUGGAUACAGGUUUUCUAAACUUGAUUUAGAUCAAAAGUGGACUAUUUUUGGAUCUCCUAAAGACACCUUAGAACUUAUUACAAAAAAGACUAAAGAUUUGGAAAAAGAUAAGGUUAAAUUCUUAGAUGAGAUGAAGCUGCAAUAGAAUGAUUUUAAAGACCAAGUAGAUAACUUAGAAAGAACUAUCUUGAAUUUCAAUUAGUAUAGCGAUAUAAAUUAGCAUGAAGAAGUUGCACAAACUGCUUUGAACAUUAUAAAGUAGAUAAAGGAAUUCCAAGAAGACUCCAGAAAGUUUAAUAGCAGAGAAGGCUUGUUUGAAAUGGAGUCUACAAAUUAUGAACAAAUUUAAAAUAUGGAAAAGGAAUUCUUGCCAUAUCAAAAUAUGUGGAUAACAGGCAAUUAGUGGUAUAAAAACCAGGUUCAAUGGUUACAUGGUGAAUGGGAUACUUUGGAUGCAAUACAAGCUGAAAAAUUUGUUGAUGAAAGCAUCUAGCUUCUUAAUAAAGCUAUCCGUAGUUUUAAAGAUAGAAAAAUAGAUAAUAUUUGUUCAAUUGCAUAAAAAAUCAAAGCUGAAAUAGAAGAGUUCAAGCCCAAAGUUCCUCUUAUGGUAGGACUACGCUAAAAAGGUAUGAAAGAAAGACAUUGGCAAGAUAUAUCAGCUAAAAUUGGUUUCGAAGUAAAACCUACACCAGAUUUUACAUUUACAAAAGCUCUUGACUUAGGUUUAAUGAAAAUAGUUGAUCAUUGUGUUGAUGUAGGAGAAAGAGCAGCAAAAGAAUUCUAAAUAGAAAAUAUGCUUUUUGACAUGAAGAAUAUAUGGGAAAAUGUUAACUUCUAAUUCAAAGAAUAUAAAUAGAGUUAUAUUGUCAAAGGCUAUGACGAAAUUCAAAUCAUAUUAGAUGAUCAUAUUGUCAAUUCAUAAAAUUUACAAUUUUCACCUUUCAAGAAACCAUUUGAACAAGAGAUCAUUGAGUGGAAUGAGUAGCUUAAGAUUAUGUCUGAUGUUCUUGAAGAAUGGGCAAAGUGUUAAGGAUAAUGGAUGUAUCUUUAGCCUAUUUUUGAUUCUCCUGAUAUUGCAAAGCAAUUGCCAGCAGAAACCAAAAAAUUCAAAACUGUUGAUAGCACUUGGAAACACACUAUGAACCAAGCUAAGAUGAUAGUAAAUGUAAGAAGAGUAUGUAUAGGUGAAGGUCUAUUAGAAAGACUGUAAGAAGCAAAUAAAAAUCUUGAAAUCAUUUAAAAAGAAUUAAAUAAUUAUUUGGAGAAAAAAAGAGAAAUAUUUGCACGUUUCUACUUCUUGUCGAAUGAUGAUUUGCUUGAAAUUCUUUCUCAAACAAAAGAACCAACAGCUGUCUAACCUCAUUUAAAAAAAGUAUUCGAAAAUAUCAAUGAGAUAGAAUUUGAUGAAAACAAAAGAAUUAAAGCUAUGAUGUCUGCAGAAAAAGAAAAAGUAGAUUUCAUUGAAUUAGUUGAUCCAAAAAAUAAAAAUGUUGAGAAUUGGAUGAAUGAGCUAGAAAACAUGAUGUGCAAGUCUGUUAGAGCAGCACUUAAUAAUUCAGUUUUAGACUAUCCUACAAAGAAAAGAACUGAAUGGGUAAUUAGUCAUCCAGGUUAAUGUGUUCUUAAUGGCUCUUAAUUGGUUUGGACAAAUUCGGUUGAGGUUGCAUACAAAGAUGGCGUAAAAGGAGUCAAAUUAUAUUGGGACAAGCUAGAUAUCUACUUAAAAGAUUUAGUAGAGUUAGUCAGAUAAAAAUUAACAAAAUAAUAGAUGGUAACCAUAAAUGCACUGAUUGUGCUUGAUGUCCAUGCUAAGGAUGUUGUCGAAAAUUUAUGGAGAACUAAUGUUAAUGAUAUUGCAGCUUUUGAAUGGAUUUCUCAACUGAGAUAUUAUUGGGAGAAUGAUGAUUGCUUUGUUAAAUGCAUUUAAACUUCAUUCCCUUAUGGUUAUGAAUACUUAGGAAAUACACUUAGAUUAGUUAUAACUCCUCUUACUGAUAAGUGUUAUAUGACAUUAAUGGGUGCUUUAAAACUAAAUUUAGGUGGUGCUCCUGCUGGACCAGCAGGAACAGGUAAAACUGAAUCAGUAAAAGAUCUUGCUAAAGCCUUAGCAAAGUAAUGUGUUGUUUUUAAUUGUUCUGAUAGUAUGGACUACAUUAUGGUUGGCAAAUUCUUUAAAGGUCUUGCUAGUGCAGGUGCUUGGUGUUGUUUUGAUGAGUUUAAUAGAAUUAAUAUUGAAGUACUCUCUGUUAUCGCUUAACAACUACUUAUCCUAUUUGGUGAAAAAGCAAAAGGUACUCCAGCUGUUGAAUUUGAAGGUUCAGUUAUCAAACUUAAACCUACUUUUUGUGUCUUUAUUACUAUGAAUCCUGGUUAUGCAGGUCGUACAGAACUUCCAGAUAAUUUAAAGGCUCUUUUCCGUGCCGUAGCGAUGAUGGUUCCAGAUUAUGCUAUGAUUGGAGAAAUUAUGCUUUACAGUUUUGGUUUUACAGAAGGUAGAAAAUUAGCAAAGAAAAUGGUUGCCACAUUUAAACUUUCAUCAGAAUAAUUAUCUUCAUAGGAUCAUUAUGAUUAUGGUAUGAGAGCAGUUAGAAGUGUUAUUAACGCAGCAGGUCUUUUGAAGGCAGCUAAUCCAGAUAUGGAUGAAGGUUAGCUUUUACUUCGUGCACUAAGAGAUGUAAAUGUUCCUAAGUUUUUAAAAGAUGAUCUUCCUUUGUUUGAAAAUAUUAUGUCUGAUCUUUUCCCUGGUGUCGAAAAACCUUAGGUAAAUUAUGGAAAGUUACUUAAUUCGAUUGAUCAAAAGUGUAUUGAACAAGGAUUAUAACCUGUUCCCCCAUUCAUUGCUAAGAUCAUAUAACUUUACGAUACUAUCUAAGUCCGUCAUGGUCUUAUGAUAGUAGGUCCUACUGGUGGUGGUAAAACUAGUAAUUAUAAGGUAUUGCAAGCUGCUAUGAGCCAUCUACAUGAUUAAGGCUUUGCUAAAGUUAAUGUGCAUAUUCUUAAUCCAAAGAGUAUAACUAUGGGAUAAUUAUAUGGUUAAUUUAAUGAACAAACUCAUGAAUGGACUGAUGGUAUUCUCGCUUACAGAGUUAGAGAGUGCUGUAGAGAUCAAUCAGUAGAUAAACACUGGGUUAUGUUUGAUGGUCCUGUUGAUGCUAUUUGGAUUGAAUCUAUGAAUACUGUUUUGGAUGAUAAUAAAAAACUAUGCCUCAAUUCAGGUUAAAUUUUAACUCUUACUCCUUAAAUGACUAUGAUGUUUGAGGUUGAGGAUUUAACUGUUGCCAGUCCCGCUACUGUUAGUAGAUGUGGUAUGAUAUAUAUGGAACCUGAUUCUUUAGGAGUGAAACCACUAAUUGAAUCAUGGCUUAAUACAAUACCUUAAAACCUUUAUAAAUUUGGUAAAAUUGCAGAAAAACUAAAGAACCUAUUCGAUGCUUACAUUGAAGAUGCUUUAUGGUUCUUACGUCGUAACAUUGUAGAACCAGUAACUACUAUGAAUAAUAAUCUUUUGUAGUCAUUAUGCCGUUUAUUGAUGUGCUUUUUCAGAAAUUAUGAAGAAACAGAAGUUAAAAAAAUAUAAGAAGAAGAAUUAUAAGGAGUUGAAAGGUCUUUAGAAUCUUUAUUUAUAUUUUGUAUGAUCUGGUCACUUGGGUGUACUGGUGAAUAUGAGGGGAGAAUUAAAUUUGAUCAUUUUUUAAGAGAAAAAGUUUAAUAAAUAAGUCCAAAUGUUAUUUUACCAGAAGAAGGAACAGUAUAUGAAUAUGAAUUUGAUUUAUCUAUGAAAUAGUUUACACGCUGGAGUGAGAGGAAUAAAGAAUUUUAGAUUGACUAAAAAGCUCAAUAUCAUGAAAUUAUGAUUCCUACCUAAGAUUCUACUAGAAAUUCCUUCAUAAUUAAACUCCUCCUCUAAAAUUCUUAUCACAUUUUAACUCCUGGUCCUACAGGUACUGGUAAGUCUUUGAACAUAUCUAAUUUAUUAACAUCUGGAUUAAGUGAGAGCUUCUAAUCUAUAUCAAUUACUUUUUCAGCAUAAACAAGUGCUAAUUAGACUUAGGAUACAAUAGAUGGUAAAAUGGAUAAAAGAAGAAAAGGUGUUUUUGGUCCUCCUAUUGGUAAAAAGUUCAUUAUAUUCGUUGACGAUCUCAAUAUGCCUAAGAAAGAAGAGUAUGGAGCACAACCUCCUAUCGAACUUAUUAGGUAGUAUCUUGAUCAUAAAGGUUGGUACAAUAGAAGGGACUUGCAAUUUAUGAAAAUGGAAGAUGUGAUUAUUUUAGCUGCUAUGGGACCUCCUGGUGGUGGUAGAACUUUUAUUACUAACAGGGUAGUCCGUCAUUUUAACAUUUUAGGAUAUACCGAACUUGAUUAGAACACCAUCUAAGAAAUAUUCAAGAAUUUAGUUUCAUUCUUCUUAAAAAGAUUUUCUGAAGAUAUCAAAUAGAAUAUUAGCAAUGUUGUUAAAACUGCCUUGGACGUAUAUAAUUAAGUUAAAAUAGAUCUUCUUCCUACUCCUUCUAAGUCACAUUAUACAUUCAAUCUACGUGAUAUUUGGAAAGUAUUUUAGGGAGUUUGCUCGAUUACACCUAAGUUCUGCACAGAUUUAAAGUCAUUACUAAGAUUAUUCUAUCAUGAAAAUAUGAGAGUAUUCCAUGAUAGAUUAACAACAGACUCAGAUAGAAAAUAUUUGCAUAAGCUUUUAGUUUAAUAAUUCCAAGGUUACCACAUAAAAGAAGAAGAUGUAAUAGACAAUGAACGUAUUAUUUAUGGUGACUUUUUGUCUGGAAGAGAAGUAGAUAUAAGAAAUUAUUAGCAAGUUACUGAUUUGAAUUCUUUAUUGGAUAAAAUGGACAAUUUCCAAGAAGAAUACAAUAAUGAUAGCUCAUUCGUUUUUGGAGGCUAGAAAAAGCCUAUGAAAUUAGUUAUGUUCUUAGAUGCUUGUGAACAUAUUGCAAGGAUAGCACGUAUUAUAAGAUAGCCAAAUGGUAAUGCUCUCAUUUUGGGUGUUGGUGGUUCAGGAAGAUAAUCAUUAAGCAGAAUGGCAACUUUCAUUACUAACUAUAAGAUUUUCUAAAUAGAAGUUAUCAAAAAUUACAAUAUGAGAAGCUGGAGAGAUGAUGUCAAAAAAGUUCUUCUCUAUGCAGGUAUAGAAAACAAGCCUAUUUCUUUCUUGUUUUGUGAUACUUAGAUUAUUAAAGAAUAAAUGAUGGAGGAUAUAAAUAAUAUCCUUAACUCUGGUGAUGUAACAGGAAUCUACCAAGACAAAGAUUAAGAAGAAAUUAUGGCAGCAUGCAAGGCUGAUUGUUUGAAGAAGCAAUUGCCUCCAACUAAAAUGAACAUUUUUACUAUUUAUUUGAGUAGAGUAAGAAAGAAUAUUCAUUUAAUUAUUGCUAUGUCACCUCUCGGAAGUGCUUUUACAACAAGACUUCGUAUGUUCCCUUCUUUGGUUAAUUGUUGUACAAUUGAUUGGUUCACAGAGUGGCCAGAAGAAGCUUUAAUUAAUGUUGGCAAAGGCUAAUUAUAAGAUUAUGAAGAAGACCUCCAAUUAGGUUAAAAUCUUGGUACAGUUGUGGAAAUGUUUAAAAUCAUUCACAAAUCUGUUGAAAAGGCUUCAAAUAAAUUUUAUGAAUAAUUACGUAGAUACAAUUAUGUUACUCCUACUAGUUAUUUAGAGUUACUUUCAACUUUUAGAAACGUCCUUUCUUUCAAAAAGAAAGAGGUUCAAAAGAGUAUUUAGAGACUCAAGUCUGGUCUUGAUAAGCUGGAGGAAGCUAACAAAUCAGUUGAAGAAAUGAGAAUAGUACUUAAAGAUAUGCAACCUUAACUUGAGAAAGCUUCUGCUGAGACAGAGAAAAUGAUGGAAAAGCUAUCAGUAGAUAAAGCAGAUGCUGAUGCUACCUAAAAAGUUGUUGCUGUAGAAGAAGCAUAAGCUACUUAAUAAGCUGCAGAAGCUACAAAACUUGCAGAAGAAGCAGAAGCAGCUGUUGCUGAUGCUAAUAGAUAAUUAGCAGAGACAUUAGCUGAAGUACAAAAACUUAAAAAGGAGCACUUAGUUGAAAUUAAAUCCCUUGGUUCUCCACCUACUGCAGUCAAAGUCACAUUAGGUGGUGUUGUGAUAUUAAAUUAGGAAGCUAUUAAAUAAAAUGGUGGUCAAAUUAUUAUGAGUAAUGUUGAAGGUUAGGUAGGAGGUAAGAAGGAAGAAAACUAUUUUGAAACAGCUAAAAGAUAUUUACUUAGUGAUACUAAAUAGUUGUUAGAUCUUUUGAUGACUUAUGAUAAGGAUGCAAUCACUGGUGCUACAAUUAAGAAAUUAGAGGAAAAAAUAUUAAAUCAGCCUGAAUUUACUUUUAAUGCUGUCGAAAGAUGCUCUUUUGCCACUAAAUUCUUGUAUAUGUGGGUAAAGGCAAUGGUUGAUUAUUAUAAAGUGUAUACUGAAACUAAGCCAUUAAGAGAAAAAUUGAUUGAAAUGAGGAGAAUUGUCGAUGAAAAAAUGGGAUAAUUGAGAAUAAAGAAAGAAGAACUUGCAAAGAUCAAUGCUAAGAUAUAGCACUUGGAAGAAAUGUUCUCAUAAAAAAUGAAAUAAAAGGAAGAGCUUACUCGCAAAAUAGAGGAGUGCGAAAUUAAAUUAGAAAGAGCUAAAAAAUUAACUGAUGGUUUGUCAGAAGAAUCAGUUAGAUGGGCCUAGGAUAUUUAAGCGUUAAAUAAUAAAGCAAAUUUAGUGCCAGCUCAUUCAAUUAUAGCUGCCGGUAUGAUAGCAUAUAGUGGCCCAUUCACAUCUAACUUUAGGUAAGAUCUUGAAUAAGAUUGGGUGUUAAAUCUUGCAUAGCUUGAACUAGAGCACGACACUAAAAUCACAAUGAGAUCUUUCUUGGGUGAGCCAGUUAAGAUCUAAUAAUGGAACAUUAGUGGUCUACCCAAGGAUGAUACUUCAAUCGAAAAUGGUAUUAUUAUUGAAUAGGGUAGAAGAUGGCCUCUUAUGAUUGAUCCUUAAACAUAGGCAAAUAAGUAUAUCAAAAAUAUGGGUAAAGACCAUUUAGAAGGUAUCGAAAUUGUCAAAGCCAAUGAAGCAACAAUUAUGAAGACUAUGGAAUUAUCUGUACAAUUUGGAAGAUGGGUGCUUAUUGAGAAUGUAGGCACUGAUCUUGAUCCUUCUCUUGAGCCUAUUUUGCAAUAGUAGGUUGUUAAGCAAGGAAGUGGCUAUGUCAUAGUUAUUGGUGAUAAACCAUUAAACUAUUCUGAUCAAUUUAAACUUUUCCUCACUACUACUAUGCCUAAUCCUCAUUAUCCACCUGAAACAUUUGUAAAAGUUAGUAUAAUUAACUUUGCAAUUACACCAAGUGGUUUGGAAGAAUAAAUGUUAGCUCAGAUAGUUGCAUUAGAAAAUCCUACUCUCCAGUAAAAGAAAACUGAAAUAGUCAAAAAGAAUGCUGAAGAUUAGAGGGCUUUAAUAAAAAUAGAAGACUCUAUCCUUGAAAGCUUAUCAGGUACUGGAGAAAUUUCAGAAAUAUUAAUGGAUGAAACAUUGAUAAAUCAACUCUAAACUUCUAAAAAAUUCGCUGCUGAAAUCAAUUAGAGAGUAAAAGACUCAAAAAUAACAGAAGCACAAAUAGAUGAGGCAAGAGAAAGCUAUAGAGCAGUUGCUUUCAGAGCUUCUAUACUCUUCUUCUGCAUAGUCGAUUUAGCAUCAAUUGAUCCUAUGUAUCAGUAUUCAUUGUAAUGGUUUACUAAUUUAUUCAUAAUGGGUGUAGAAAAAGCUCCAGAGUCAAAUGAAUUAGAAUAGCGCUUAGAAAAUUUAAAUAACUACUUUACUUAUUCCUUAUAUGAAAAUGUUUGUAGGUCGCUUUUUGAAAAGCAUAAAUUAAUUUUCUCUUUCAUGCUUGCUGUCAAAAUUCUUCAAGGCCGUAAUGAGAUGGAUGAAGUAGAAUGGCGUUAUUUCUUAGCAGGUCCCUCAGGUGAAGUGCAUAUACCUUAAAAUCCAACUACUUGGAUUUCUGAAAAUUCUUGGCCAGAUAUCUACAGAUAAUUCUAUGGAAUGAACCAAUUAAGCAGUUUUAGAGGCAUUAAUGAUCACCUUAUUCAAAAAUCUGAUAGCUGGAAAAGUAUUUUUGAUUCUACAAAUGCAUAAGAAGAACCUUUGCCUGAAGAGUGGAAUGAAAACUUAAACAGCUUCUAAAAGCUAAUAGUUCUUAAAUCAAUACGUCCAGACAAAGUUGUAUAAGGUGUUUAAAAUUGGAUUUCAGAAAAAAUUGGUAGAGAAUUUAUUAUUGUUCCUACAUUUGAUCUAAGCAAGUGCUAUAAAGAUUCGAAUGUAGUCAGUCCUUUAAUUUUCGUACUUUCUUAAGGUUCAGAUCCUAUUGCAGAUUUCCUAAAGUUUGCAGAAGAUAUGGAAAUGACCAAAAAGUAUGACUCAAUAUCUUUAGGUUAAGGCUAAGGUCCUAAAGCAGAGAGAUUGAUAAAAGAAUGUGCUUAAAGGGGUUAUUGGGCACUUUUAUAAAAUUGUCACUUGGCAAUUUCAUGGAUGCCUGAACUAGAAAGAAUUUGUGAAGGCUUGAAUGAAAAUAUGCAUCAAGAUUUCAGACUAUGGUUAACAAGUAUGCCUAGUGGUUCAUUCCCCAUAUCAGUACUUUAAAAUGGUAUUAAAAUAACUAUGGAACCUCCUUAAGGUUUAAGAGCUAAUUUAUUAAGAACUUACAAAAAUCUUACAGAACAAGAAUUAGUUGAUUGCCAAAAACCAUAGGAAUUCAAAAAAUUGCUAUUUGGUUUCUGUCUUUUCCAUGCUAUUAUUUAAGACAGAAGAAAGUUUGGUGCUAUUGGCUGGAAUAUACCAUAUGAAUUUACAAAUGAAGAUUUGAAUGUAUGUAAAAAGUAAUUAAAAAUGCUAUUGGAUGAGUAUCAAAAAAUUCCUUAUAAAGUAAUUAAUUUCCUUGGUGCUGAAAUCAAUUACGGAGGAAGAGUUACAGAUGAUAAAGAUGUUAGAUUAAUCAAAAGUAUAUUGAAGCUCUACAUUAAUGCAGAAUCGUUAGGCGAUAAAUAUUAGUAUUCUGAAUCUGGUAUUUAUUACUCCAUCCCUGCAGGUAAACUUGAAGAUUAUAUUAAAUACAUAGAGGGAUUACCCCUUAAUCCUUCUCCAGAAGCAUUCGGAUUGCAUGAUAAUGCUGAAAUAACAAAUGCUUAGAAUGAAACAAUGAAUUUAUUGGCCACUAUUCUUUCCUGUCAACCAAGAAGUUCUACAGGUCAUGGUAAAUCUAGAGAAGAAAUAAUUGAAGAUAUAGCAGUAAUGGUAGAAACAAAAACUCCUGAGCUAUUCGAUAUUGAAAUCAUUUAAAGAUCAUAUCCUACUUUAUACGAAGAAUCUAUGAAUACAGUUUUAGUUUAAGAACUGAUCAGAUACAAUCGUUUACUUAAAGUUUUGAAAGAGUCUUUAAUAAAUUUGAAAAAAGGUCUUAAGGGAUUGGUUGUACUAUCAGAAGAAUUAGAGAAAUUAUCUAACUCUCUCUAUGAUAAUUAAGUACCAUAACUUUGGGCAGAUAAAGGGUUUUUAUCUUUAAAACCUCUAUCUUCUUGGACUUAAGAUUUAAAUGAUCGUAUUUCAUUCUUGUAAAAUUGGAUAGAUAAUGGUACUCCAAAAGUAUUUUGGAUUUCAGGAUUCUUCUUCCCUUAAGCUUUUAUUACUGGAAUGACUUAAAAUUAUGCUAGAAAAAAAGUUAUAGCAAUUGAUCAAUUGUAAUAUGAGUAUUAAAUAUUAGAUACUUUAACUCACACAGAUAUCACAGAAAAACCAGAAGAUGGUGUUUAUGUAUAUGGUAUAUUUUUGGAAGGUGCUAGCUGGAAUUACAAAAAACAUAUAAUAGACUAGCCUAUACCAAAAGAACUGUUUUCUGAUUUGCCUUUAAUGCAUAUCAUACCUACUGCAGAGAAAGAGCAAGGAUCAAAAAUAAUAUAUUAAUGUCCUAUGUAUAAAGUAGUUUCAAGAAGAGGUACUUUAAGUACAACAGGACAUAGUACUAACUUUGUUAUGCCUAUAGAACUUCCAACUAAGGAAAAAGAAGACAUAUGGAUUAGAGCAGGUGUGGCUGCAUUCCUUUCUUUAAGAUAUUGA